GGUCAGUGUACUGGUCGCUUCCGCCUCCAUCCGGGCUUUUGCGCUGACCCGCGAUGUGACCCAUCCGUACGGCAAAUAUGGCGGAGCCUUCUCUUGGGAAUGCAAGCCCAGGAGGCUCGGCUACAUCUGAUGACCAUGAGUUCGAUCCAUCGGCUGACAUGUUGGUUCACGAGUUUGACGACGAGAGGACGUUGGAAGAGGAGGAGUUAAUGGAGGGGGAAGUGAAUUUCACCUCUGAGAUUGAGCAUCUAGAAAGGGAAAGUGAGAUGCCAAUUCAUGAGUUGCUGAGACUCUAUGGCUACGGCAGCACAGUACCUAUGCCUGGAGAAGAUGAAGAGGAUGAAGAAGAGGAGGAGGAGGAGGAAGAAGAGGAAGAUAAUGAUGGAAACAGCGGCUGUAGUGGAGAACAUAAGGAUGAAGCCAUUAAAGAUUCAUCUGGUCAGGAAGAUGAGACUCGUUCCUCUAAUGACGACCCCACACCAGUUACUCAAGAAACGCAAGAAGUUAUCCGUCCUCGACGCUGCAAGUAUUUUGAUGCAAAUAAUGAAAUUGAAGAAGAAUCUGAGGACGAUGAAGAUUACAUUCCAUCAGAAGACUGGAAAAAAGAGAUUAUGGUGGGGUCUAUGUUUCAAGCUGAAAUCCCAAUUGGAAUCUCUAGAUACCGAGAAACAGAAAAGGUGUAUGAAAAUGACGACCAAUUACUGUGGAACCCAGAUUUUGUAGUGGAGGAAAGAGUGAUUGAGUUUCUGAAUGAAGCAUCAAGAAGGACUGGGGAGGAGAAAGGUUUGGAUGCUAUCCCUGAAGGAGCACAUAUAAAGGACAAUGAACAGGCCCUUUAUGAACUGGUGAAAUGUAAUUUUGACACAGAAGAAGCUUUGAGAAGAUUAAGGUUUAAUGUGAAAGCAGCACGUGAAGAACUUUCUGUAUGGACUGAAGAAGAAUGCCGGAAUUUUGAGCAAGGUCUGAAAGCAUAUGGAAAAGAUUUCCAUUUGAUACAAGCAAACAAGGUGAGAACACGAUCAGUUGGAGAAUGUGUGGCUUUUUACUACAUGUGGAAGAAGUCGGAGCGGUAUGACUUCUUUGCACAACAAACAAGAUUUGGCAAAAAGAAGUACAACCUACACCCUGGUGUAACGGAUUAUAUGGACCGGCUUCUGGAUGAAAGUGAAAGUGCCGCAUCUAGUCGGGCUCCGUCCCCACCACCUACUACCUCUAACAGUAGCACCAGCCAGUCUGAGAAGGAGGAUAGCACAGCUGCCAACACUAACCAGAAUGGGGUCGCUGUUAAUGGUCCUUCUGAGGUCUCCACCUAUAAAGAUGAUGCCACGCUAGGAGGAGUUCACCUAAAUGGCCCCAGCGCUGGAGAACCAUCUUCAAACGACACAGACACCAAUGGCUACAACCGUGACACUUUAUCCAGUGAUUCCAAAUCGAGCCAUGCUAACAGCAGCUGUGAUAAAGAGCUGGAUGACACCAAUGAACGCUCCGCAAAGAGACGGCGGGUUGACAGCCCUGGAAAAGACAGUCCCGGAUCAUCGGAAAUUUCUCAGGAAAUAUUUUCACAAGGAGAGGUUUAAAGUAUGUUCCUCCUCGCCCGUCAGUGGUUGAGACAUUUUUGAAGUAUGUUUUUAGGGUUCUCGAAAUUUCAGGGUUCAACUGGUUAUUUAACAAGCUCUAUUUUUUUUUUUUUUUUUUAUAUAUAUAUAU